UAGACGUCAGCAUGAGCCCGUGAUACGUGUAUGGAAAGGUGGCUAAAGCUGUUGUAAAAUUGUUGACCAUAUUUUCUACAAUUUUAUGUCAUUUAUAGAAUAACACGUGGUCAACAUUAUGGAACUGACAGAGGUGGUUUCUCCGCAUGUUGCUGUGCCAGUAGUUGGAGUUUUACUUUGUGCAUUUCUUGUUUUUGCGUUUGGGUUUAAAACACCUGGUCAACCACCAAGCUUCAAUUUUGAAGAAGAUAACAAACGAAAAAGAUCAAAGAAAUCAAAGUCUCCUAAAAGUCAAAGUAAUGGACAUGUUGUAGCAGUAAAUGAGGAAACUGAAAGCAAAGCAAAUGCCAAACAACCACCACAGUCAAAAAAUGUUGCAAAAUCUCCUAAAUCAGCUGCCAAAAAAUCCACUGAGCAGAAUAAGAAGGUCAAGAAAGCUGUGAAAGAAGUUGAAGAGUCUAAGCCUAUACCCUCUGCACCUGUCUCUGAAGAUGAUGGAGGAGGAUGGACAACUCAGGUGUCUAAGAAAGACAAAAAACAAAAGAAAACAAUCAUCGAGUCUGAUGUGGAGGACAGAAAUGUGGAGGAGAAGCCAGUGGAGGAAGCCAUUGUGGAAGAGAAGAGUAAACCUGUGGAACAGAAGAAGAAAAACAAGAAGAAGAAUCAGCAGGAAAAUGUGCCUGUUCAAGAAGAAACAGUCCCAGAAACUAAAGUUGAACCCAAGGAGACAGUGAUGGAAAGUAAAAAGGCCAAGAGUAAAAAGAAAGCUGAACCCAACAAAGAUGUGGUGAAGAAAAAUGAACCGGCCAAACCAAAACCUGAACCGGAGAAAAAAAGUGAAGAAAAAGUCAAACAAAUUCAGGAGAGUGCACCAGAAGAAAAAAGCAAAACAUCACCCAAAAAGAAGAAGGGAGCUUCUCCUACAGAGAAAAAAGUGGAAGUAAGCAAGCCAGAGCCAGUCAAAGAGGCAAAGAAAUCAACUACAGCAACCCCUGGAAAGUCAGCUGGGGAACAGGAAAAAUCAAAUGCCAAGUCGGAAGCUUCUUCAGGCCCCAAAACUGCCGAAGCAGCCCCAGAGGUGAAGACUGAGGCAGUGACUGAAUCAAAAAAAAGCAAAGCAGAGCCACAGCAGGCUGUGAAAACUGAGGCCAGUGGUGCUGAAAAUGGAGAAUCCGCUGUCUCAUUUGAUGAAGUGGGAGAUUCCUGGGUUGAAGCAAAGCCAAAGAGCAAGAAGAAAAAAGCCAGGCGGGAUAACUAGCCAAUGCUAUUUUGUUUUGUUGUUGUUGCUAUAUACUGCAAUAAAAGGUGCUGGAUCCUUGUUAACAAGGCAUUGUGACCUUUGUGACCUUUACACACAUUGACGAAGGCCUGGUUGUGGUGGUAGAUUAGAAGCAAGUCUGAGGCAUGCACACACAUCAUGAUCAUCAAAGGCAAAGGCACAGCAUACACUUCCAUGAAAGAAAUUGCCAAUGGGGUUUUAAACAGAUUGUAAAUGAACUUACAAGGGCAAGAUGUUUGGGAUGUUUCUUUUCGUUACCUCUGUUUUUUUUUUCAAACACAUUUGUACUAGUCGAAGAAAUAAGUGCUUAUUUAUGAAAAAAAAAAAAAAGAAAAUGAAUUUGAAGAGAAUAUUUUUUUUCAUUUCUUGGAUUUUAUUUCCAAACACACACAAAAAACAGUGGCAUAUUGAAUCUUGAUACAUGACCUGGUAUAGUUUUGCUCAAUGUAACUGAUUUUUUUUUUCAAAUGAAAUGUAUUAUUUGUUAAUAAUAAUUUUCUUUCUCAUUAUGUAGAUUUUAAAACUGUGUGUAGGCAUUGGGGUCUUAUUGUUAUGUUUUGUUUUUCUCUUUCUGUACAAAUUAAUUCAAUUCUAGUCACCAUUUAGAAAAAAAAUCUCAGAUGGUGGAGCUAUGGAUAAAUGUUGAAUGUAUUACCUCACCAUUGCUCUGAUUAUUGUUGAUAGAAUAAGCUGAAGAUUGGAGGGGGGUGGGGAAUUAGCUAAAGGAAUAAUUUGAUCUUUAGUGGACCAAGAAUAACAUUUGUAUGACAUGUGGAUUUGCUUAUUGUUGAUGUUAAAUUUAGUUUUUCACUCAAAAUAUACAUGUAGAUCAUAUAAAUAAGAAAAAUAUAUUUUUUUAUGAUUAGAUGCAGUGCUAAAAUUUUGAUGGACAGAUGACAUAUAGAGUAUGUGUACAUAAAUAGAACUUUGAACAUACACAAAAACCACUUGAUCCCAAGUUAUAACUUUUUAUAGGCUUGUAUUAUUGUUCUAAGGUUGUCUCAUAGGGUCUAUUAAAUGAAAUUAUGAUAAAUUGUCAUUUGUAUGAGUGUUUGCUAUGUUAUUGUUUUGGAUAAAUAUUGUAUAGGUGAUGUACAGUAUCAGGAACAGUUUGGUAUCUGGUACUCUACAUAAAUUUCCUGUGAUAUAUAAUGUGUAAUACUAUGAGAAGUGGGAGACAGGAUUUAUAAAUAUAGUCAAUUUAGGAUAAAUUCAUCAAAGUUAUGUUUUAAUUGAUGCAGUUACUAUCUGCUCUAUCCGAAUAUUGAGGAGGCAGUAAAGUGUUGAUGUAGGAGAUCUCCACUAUGUCUCCAGAAUGUAAUUAUAUCAAAAAGACAUACUAAAUUUAUUGAGUACAUUCCAGAUUUUUCUUUGGCAGCUUUACUUUAAUAGUGCAUUAAGAAAUAUUGAAAGUUUAUUUUUAUCUCCUUGGAUGCGUUUCUUUUUACAUAGAUAAAUUUACUGUACAAUUCUUUUUAAAGGAAAAACAAAGACGGUAUGAUAAUGAUUAGGUUUGUCUUCCAGAGUCUGAAUUUAAAAGACGAUUCUGUCACUAUGUAGACAUCUUGCCACUUAUGAAAUUGUGCAGAAAGCCAAAUUUAGAUUUUUUUUACAUCCUCAUUGCAGAACCAAGUCGCAGUUUGUGUAAUUAAGUUUUUUGAUUCCUGAUAAUAUUCAAGAUUUUCAUAUAUUUAAGUGCCAAAACAUUGGAGGACGCCAUUAAUGAAUUCUCGUGAGAAAUUUUGCUUGUUGAAAGUUUGAUGUAUUAAAACUAUUUAGUUGAUAUAAAAAAAAAUAUGUUGAAUAUGAUAUGUAUUUUUGGUAUUAAAAAUAUUAUUUAUUGAUUAUGUGUAAAUUAAUAUAUGUGUGCAAAUUGCAUGAGUAAAACUACAGCAGUGUUAUCAGUGGCAUGAAAGUGCUGUUCAUUAGUAUAUAUAUAUAUAUAUAUUGAAAUGUAUUUAUGCUUGAUCAUUUUCUUUCUGUAGUAGUACAUGUAUCUAUAGUUGUUUCUUAUGUGAGGUAUUUAUCAGCGCAUCAGUUGUGUCUCUUUAAACAAAUUCAAGGGUGCGUUCAAGAGCAUAGCUGCUACAUAGCCUCUAUGUAAAGCUACAAUCUUAAAUGUUAAGCUAGCCUAACUGCCACAUAAGGAGAGCUAGCAUAAAUAUUUGAUGCUAAGUACCAAAUCCAAGAUGAUCUCCAUAGUUACCACUUGCACAACACAAAAUUUUAACAAAAAGGGGGGUUAUUUUCUACAUCUUAGCAAAUUUAAUGUAAAUUUACAUGUGUACAUAUUUUUGCUUUAAAUAAACUUUUUGUUCCAAAAAUAAGUUUUUACUGAUAUAUUUUUAUCCAAAAUGUAACAUUUCACAGCUAGGCUAGCUGUGCGUUCAAUAGAUAUCUACCACCUAGCUGCUAGGUUAGCUGCUACAAUCUUGAACGCAGUCCAGGUACAUUUCUGUGUUAUAUUUUAUUGAACUGAAAUGAACCUAAAUUGAGAUAUGCCAGUAUCUAGAUGUUGACAGUUGAAGAAAUCAAUGAAGAAAAAGGUCUAAGUUGGAUGUAUAUGUUUAUAUGAAAGGGAACACAUACAUGAUGAGUUGUGUAUGUUCUGGUUAUGGGAUUUUAUGUAAUAUUAGGUAUUGUGAAUAAUAAUUGCCAUUUUCAUGCAUAUUAAUGCACUGUAUUUUCAUAGAAAUGAUAUAAGAGAGAGCAUGAAUCAUUUAAUGGUAGGAUGAGUAGUGAAAAACAGAUUUUGUGAUUGAAAGGAAAUGGGUAGGAAUUUGGUCAGCAAAGUCAGAGAAUUGUUCAGUCAAGUAAAACAUGUAUAUUAACUUUUUUCUUAAAUCAUACAUACUUUGUAGGUUUGUUGAAAUGGUGGAUGUGCUGGCAAAGAAAUAGGGGGGUAGUAGUUAAUUUUAACUUUGUUAAGUAAAGGAAUUCCUUUACCUUUGUCAGUAGUUCCUUUUUGUGUCUACAUUUUUAAUUGUCAUUUGAGUGUGAAUUGUUAUAAACAUUUUAAUGAAAAAGGGAAAAUUACCAGAAUUUUUUUUUCACCCUUAUUUGCCCAUAAGUUGUGCAAUGUUUUAUUGAUAUGACAUCCACAAGUAGCUAAGGAUUGUUAUACACAGAUUAGUCCUGAUUUGCUGUGUAAAAGAGAUUUGAUGAGUGUAUGUUAACAGGAAUGAUUUGUGACAAAUGUACAUUUUAAUGAUAUGGUGCAUAUGAUUACACAAAUGACCAAUCAGAAAUCAGUAUACAGGGUAUGUUACAUCUUAUCUCCUCUCAGAUCUGUCUGAAAGAUUUAUUUUAUGUGGCAUUAGUGAACCAUUCCAAGAUGUAGUGCAUAUACUUGUAUACAUAUAUAUUUUUGACAUUAUAGUCUUGUUUUUGAAGUAAUGUGAGCUAAACAAUAGUAUUUUGUGAUGCCAUGCUUUCAGUUAGUGUGAAGGAUUUGCUGAUUAGUUUUGAAAAAAGGAAUAUGUUUUAUAAUCAUUUAGAUGUUAAUCUGUUUGAGAGGGAGAGAAUGUAAUUUGACCCGUAUCAGGUUCACUUAGGUUGUGUUCAUUAUAGAAAAAGAAAAUUACAAGAAUAAAUUAAAAUUGAUCAUAUAUACUCCUA